AUGCGGGCGCCGAAGGGCCAUAGCGAUGAUUCUGGUGCGGGCGCCGAAGGCCAUAGCGAUAAUGCCGGAGACUUUUCAGGUCUAAAUACGACUCAACUGGCUCUACACACAUAUAUGAUCGCGUCGUUCAAAUUUUUGAGCGAUGAAGGCCUUCACAACCCUUUCAUCUAUAAAAAGAUGGCCUUAGUUAACAGGUUGAACACCUGGAUGACUUGGGCCGUCCAAAUUUCUUCAGAGGUCCGCCGUCUCGGAGAAUGA